AUGCUUCGCUCUGAGCUUGCUGCUGGUGUGGCGAGAAUCGAUACUCAUGACAACGUGGUGGAGACUAUAGACAAUGACUCAAAUAGCACUGCAGCCAGCAGCUGGUGCUCCCUCAACGCCAAUAACAGCAACUUCAAAAGUUGUAACGACAAGAGCAGCAGUACCAGGAGCGGCAGUGACAGUGGAAGAAAUAUUACACUGGCCUGCGAACAACCCAGCGGAAUCAACCGGGCGCCUUCCACGGAAGAAUGUGGCGCUGCACAGGAGCCCAUAAUAGCGGAGGGACGACUGUCGUUGGACCUCUCAUCGCUUCGCGUUCCUCCACUGGAGGCUACUGGCGCUGGUGAGGACCGGCACAGUGGGACCAGGCCUGUAACGCUCGCUGAACGUCUCCUGCAGGGGUGGCCGAUGAGGCGACGCAGCGAGGUGAUGGCCGGCAGACCGGCAGCCGGGGCUGUCAUUGCGGCGUCGUCGUCGUCGUCGUUCCUGCGGCCGCCGGAGCCUCUAGUUCGCUGGGUGGCACAGCGAACGUACGCACCUGCGGUCGCCGCAUCGUGGCGGCUGCCAAGCGAGAACCGCGAGGUGAAUGGCGUGAUGCUUGAAGCGGACACAGUGCCACUGCUGCAUCGCCGGGCAGUAAAGACGCUGUCCCCACCAAUGCCGCUGACUCACAGCCGCCGCGAAAUUGAAUGUGAUGUGGCGAGGGACGCAGCACCUACGGAGCGGGAGGCACCCAGUAAAAAAAACCAACGCAACAGUAGCAACAAUAUCGACAUCGACAAGAGUAACAAGAAUGACGCAACCGCCAUAAUCCCUGCAACACGAUACUGUGCACCGGACAACUCGCUCAACGCCAUCUCGACCUUCCAUUUGCGAGACUGCGUGAAGAGCAGUGUUGCACCGCUGCCACAACCCCGGCGCGUUGGGGCGAUGGAAGAAACAGAGGGGAAACACGCCCCCGUGCCACAGCACGUGAGCCUCCUGCGCUACAAGGGUGUGAAUGGAGCCCCCCUGUGCUCUGAAGGUGGGCACCGUCGCCUUGACGCUGCCGGUGUCACCAGUAAUGCGGAAGCCAGCGUCACUGCCCUGCUACAUCGCCACCAGCACCGUUGUGCCGUAAUGGCACUCGAGGGCUCAGAGAUACCGCCACGGUGA